AUGUUCUUCCGCCUCCGCGCCUUCUGGUCCCAAUCUUUCAACCUCCCCACUCCCCCCUUGACAGAAAAGAAUCUCCCGGAUCAGACCGGUAAAGUCUACAUAAUCACUGGCGCCAACACCGGCGUCGGCUACCAAGUGACUCAAAUCCUCUAUGCACGCAAUGCCAAAGUCUAUGUCGCCGCCCGCACCGAAUCCAAAGCCCUCGCCGCGAUCGAAGCUAUAAAGAAAGAUCACCCCGCCUCCAAGGGCCAACUGGAGUACUUGUACUUGGACCUCUCAGACUUAAAAACUAUCAAAGCGAGUGCCGAGAACUUCAUGUCGCACGAGGACAAGUUACAUUGGCUCGAUAACAAUGCCGGCGUGAUGGUUCCGCCGGCCGGUUCUAAGGGUGCUCAAGGUCUGGAUCUCACGUUUCAGACAAACAUCCUCGGUCCGUUCCUAUUUACUAAAUUGUUACUUCCGAUCUUGAAACGUACGGCCGAAAAUGAACCUAAGGGCGCCGUGAGAGUCAGCUGGGCUGGGAGUUUGGCGGUGGACUUGAAUCCUGUGCUAGGUGGGAUGGCGUGGAAAAAGGGCAAAGAUGGAGAAGCGACGCUGGACGACACAAAGGGGAAUAGUGGCUCCUAUGGAAUUUCCAAGGCUGCAAAUUAUUUCUUUGCCAAAGAAUUUGGGAAGAGGUUUGGAGACCGGGACCAAGUGUUGCAUAAUUGCUACAACCCAGGCAACCUGGCCUCCGAUCUCCAACGACACGCGGGCUCCCAGUUCCCGGCCUUCGUCAUGUGGCUCCUGCACAAAUUCCUCCUAUAUCCAGUCAUUUUUGGCGCGUACACGGAAAUCUAUGCGGGCUUAUCACCCGAUUUGACUCUUGAAAAAGAUCAGGGUGCAUACAUUGUUCCGUGGGGCCGGAAGGCUGGUGUCAGGAAGGAUUUGGAACUGGAGGCGGCCAAGGAGGACGGCCAGGCUAGUAAAUUGUUCGACUGGUGUGACAGCGUGACGAGGGAGUUCGCUUAA